CACUGUUACUGAACAGUUGCAGCAGACAGCAGCUCCUUCUGUUUGUGUCCUCCUGUAGAUGAGGACACGAUGGGGACAGACACCAGUGGACAGUUUCAGACUGUCCCCCUGUCAGACUCGGUCUUCCCCGGUGUCCCGUACUCCGUGUCCGUCCUCAGACCCGGAUACUGUCUCCCUCAGCCCGACGGGACCUUCAGAGCUACCGGGACCAUCAGCCUCAUAACGGGACCCCGGACUGUCCUGGUGGACACCGGGGGACCCUGGGACCGGGACUUCCUCCUGAGGACGCUGAGAGAGAGGGGUCUGGAGCCGGGGGACGUGGACGUGGUCGUGGGGACACAUGGACACUCGGACCACAUCGGGAAUCUCAGUCUGUUCCCAGCAGCGGUCCUGAUUGUUGGGUUUGACAUCAGUGAAGGGGACACAUACCGACCCAACCAGCUGGGACAGGGACAGCCUCACUCUAUUGAUGAGCAGGUGACUGUAGUUCCCACUCCAGGUCACACAGGUCAAGACGUCAGCGUCCGGGUGACGGGAACCUCGGUGGGCACCGUGCUUGUUGCAGGGGACUUAUUUGAGUGCUGCUCAGAUGAGGACAGCUGGAGGGAUCUGAGUAUGAACACUGCAGUGCAGGAGGUCAACCGCAGGGAGGCGCUGCGCACCGCCGAUGUCAUCAUACCGGGACAUGGAGUCCCUUUUAGAGUCCUCAGGACCUGACGAACCAGGAGGUCACAGAGCGGUUUCAUAUCAGUCACACCUGAGCUCCUCCUGCUAUGAGAAGCCAACAAUGUUAAUGCAGUGAAAAAGGUCUUCGCCAGGGUUAUGUAAGGACGUGAUUUGAUUGCAGGGCUCUCCUUUUACUGAUUAACACCUCAGCUCCUCAGUUUACAACCAGCUCAUCUGGCUAUACAAGCAAAAACAACUGUAAACAUGUUUUUUAUCAUAUAAACUCUCAGGUAUGACAGAAAAGUUUGGUUCUACAUUGAGUAAAAUAUAUUUUACUAUAAUAUAUUUUAUUACUGCACUAAACGUCCAUAGCAUCAGACAACACAGAAGAGGGAUUUAAACAAAAUAACAAAUUAAUCACACAUUUUUUAUCUGGUCAAAAUGUACCUUAAAGGUCCCAUAUUGUAAAAGUGACAUUUUCAUGGCUUUUAUAUUAUAAAGCAGGUUUAAGUGCUUUAU